AUGUCUGCUCCGGGGUCUCCUAGACUUGUCGACUCGUUCACGGCGCCGAAGGAAAUCUUACAAGAGUUUGCUGACCUUGCCGAAGAAGAAAAUUACGACCCAUUUGCAGAAACUGCCUCGAAGCGGCAAAUUGCAGCUCGACAGUCGGACUACCACAACCGUCGCUUCAACCGCACUGCAGUAACCAGUGCCGAUGCAUUUGAGGCAGAAGAUGGAAAAGAGUUAGAAGGCGGCUACAAGGAUGCCAUGCGGCUGACUCGUCUGGAACAAGAGGAGGCCAGGGUACAUCGCGCUAUCCAAGAGAAAGAACGACGAGAGAAGGAGGAUGAAAAGAUGAAGAUGGACUUGGACAAAACGCCUCCUGCCACCGAACUUGACGACGUUGCUCUCGAGCUUGCUGCUGCCAAAGAACUUGCCAUGGCAAAUCAAGAAACUGGUAAACGUAAACGUCGAUGGGAUGCGGAACCUGGUGAAGAAGAGGCUGGCGAAAGUAAAGGAGAGUGGACAAGCGAGGCCUCGGCUCCCAAGAAGCGUCGCUCACGAUGGGAUGCUACUCCAGCUGAUACCCCCAACGCUGAACCAAUCAAACGUUCGAGAUGGGACCAAACUCCUCUAGCAGCGAGUGGUGGUAUCGAGCAACCUAUGGAACGAAUCAUCAUGAACGCACCUGGUAUCAUGCAGGACGACAAACACAACAGGUAUCUCACCGACGAAGAGCUCAACAUUAUCCUCCCUGCCACUGGCUAUGUUAUUGUGACUCCUCCAGCUGGUUACGCGCCCACCAUUGCUCCUCGUCGAUUGAUGGCAACUCCCAUCGGUGACCCAGGAGGAUUCCAAAUCAAGGAAGGCUCAGACGCCGCCGCCAUUGCUGCUGCUGCCGGUCUUGCCCCAGAACUUCCGACCGAAAUCCCUGGUGUCGGUGCCCUCGCGUUCUUCAAAGCGGAGGACGCUCAAUAUUUCGCCAAAAUUCUCAAGGAAGAAGACGAAACGGAGCUUUCGGUCGACGAAAUGAAGGAGCGCAAGAUCAUGCGUCUUCUUCUCAAAAUCAAGAACGGCACUCCCCCUGUCCGAAAGACUGCCCUUCGUCAAAUCACUGACAAGGCUCGCGAGUUUGGUGCCGGUCCGUUGUUCGAUAAAAUUCUCCCUUUGCUAAUGGAACGUACACUGGAGGACCAAGAACGACAUUUGCUUGUGAAGGUUAUCGAUCGAGUCCUUUACAAGCUGGAUGACCUUGUUCGACCAUACGUGCACAAGAUUCUUGUCGUCAUUGAACCAUUGCUCAUUGACGAAGAUUACUACGCCCGUGUUGAAGGACGUGAAAUCAUUUCCAACCUGUCCAAAGCUGCUGGUCUCGCCCAUAUGAUAUCUACCAUGCGUCCAGAUAUCGAUCAUGCUGACGAGUACGUACGCAACACCACUGCUCGCGCUUUCUCAGUUGUAGCUUCGGCACUGGGUAUUCCAUCCCUUCUUCCUUUCCUCAAAGCCGUUUGCAACUCGAAAAAGUCAUGGCAAGCUCGACACACUGGCAUUCGUAUUGUCCAGCAGAUUGCCAUCAUGAUGGGUUGUGCUGUUCUCCCUCAUCUCCGCAAUCUCGUCGAUUGUAUUGCCAAGGGGUUGUCCGAUGAACAACAGAAAGUUCGGACCAUGACUGCAUUGGGACUUGCUGCCCUCGCUGAAGCUGCCGCCCCUUACGGAAUCGAGUCUUUCGAUAACGUGCUGAAGCCCCUCUGGACAGGUAUUCGCUUGCAUCGUGGAAAGGGUUUAGCCGCAUUCCUCAAGGCCAUUGGCUUUAUCAUCCCUCUCAUGGACCCGGAAUACGCGUCCUACUAUACCAAAGAAGUCACGGUGAUCCUCAUUCGUGAGUUCCAAACCUCAGACGAAGAAAUGAAGAAAAUCGUCCUCAAGGUCGUUAAACAAUGCACGGCUACCGAGGGUGUUACUCCUGGCUACAUCAAGCACGACAUCCUCCCUGAUUUCUUCAAAUCGUUCUGGGUUCGUCGAAUGGCCCUUGAUCGGAGGAACUAUCGUCAAGUCGUUGAAACGACAGUCGAACUUGCCGAGAAAGCUGGUGUCGCAGAAAUUGUGGGUAGGAUUGUGAACGAGUUGAAGGAUGAAGCGGAGCCUUACCGCAAGAUGGUAAUGGAAACAAUCACCAAUGUCGUGGAGAAGCUCGGCGCCUCUGACAUCGACGAGCGUUUGGAGGUACGCCUCGUUGAUGGUAUCAUCUAUUCGUUCCAAGAGCAGACGACGGAAGACCAAGUCAUGCUGGAUGGCUUCGGUACCGUCGUCAAUGCUCUCGGCAUUCGCGUUAAACCAUACCUCACCCAAAUCGUUUCCACCAUCCUCUGGCGCUUAAACAACAAGAGUGCCAAAGUUCGUCAACAGGCUGCUGAUCUCACAACUCGUCUUGCCAUCGUCAUCAAGCAGUGUGGCGAGGACCAGCUGCUGAGCAAACUCGGGCUUGUGCUUUUCGAACAGUUGGGUGAGGAGUAUCCUGACACUCUUGGUUCCAUCAUCGCAGCCGAGGGAGCGAUUGCCAAUGUUGUCGGUAUGACCCAAAUGAACCCACCUGUCAAAGAUCUUCUUCCCCGAAUGACACCAAUUCUUCGCAACAGGCACGAAAAGGUGCAAGAAGCUUCGAUCAACUUGAUUGGUCGCAUCGCGGAUCGCGGGGCUGAGUUUGUGCCAGCUCGUGAAUGGAUGCGCAUUUGCUUCGAGUUGCUGGAUCUCCUCAAGGCCCACAAAAAGGGCAUUCGUCGAGCAGCCGUCAACACAUUUGGCUAUAUCGCCAAAAGUUUGGGGCCUCAAGAUGUCUUGUCCGUUUUGCUGACCAAUCUUCGCGUCCAAGAGCGCCAGAGCCGUGUAUGCAGCACAGUUGCAAUUGCGAUCGUCGCAGAAACGUGUGGUCCUUUCACCUGCAUCCCUGCCAUUUUGAACGAAUAUCGAACAGCCGAGCUCAAUGUUCGGACUGGCUGUCUAAAAGCCCUUUCUUUCGUCUUCGAAUAUGUUGGACCACAGUCAGCCUAUUACUGUGAUUCAGUCGUCACAAUGCUUGAGGACGCACUCACCGACCGUGAUCUGGUUCACCGACAAACAGCAAGCACCAUUGUCAAACACCUUGCUCUUGGUGUUGCUGGAUUAGGUUGCGAAGACUCGAUGAUGCAUUUGAUGAACUUGGUUUGGCCGAAUUGCUUCGAAACGUCGCCCCAUGUUAUCGGUGCAGUCAUGGACGCUAUUGAGGCAAUGCGCGUCACACUUGGGCCAGGCGUUCUCCUCAGCUAUGUUCUUCAGGGUCUCUUCCAUCCUGCCAGAAAAGUCAGGGAGGUUUAUUGGCGCAUCUAUAACGCGCUCUAUCUCGGAGCAGCUGACGCCUUAGUUCCUUUCUAUCCUGACCUUGGUGAACUGAGUGAAGGACCCAACGCUUACAAUCGCAGUGCCCUUCAAGUCUUUAUUUGA